AUGGAAACUAUGAUACGAUACGUCGAGGUCUCACUCAGCUGGAUCUCUAAGAACAUCCGCGGCCACGAUGCCAAGGCAUUCUAUAACUCCCCCGUAUUCGCCUCGCACGCCGACCCAACCAUCACUGUCACAUCACCUGACUGCGGCGAGUCCCCCGGGACAAUGGGCCCAGAGUACAUCGGCGGCAGCGGUGGCCGGAUUCCGGCGCUCUCUUGGGACGUCCCGAGCGAUCUCGAGCCGGAGGUGAGGGAGUGGCUCCUCGUCGUCGAGGAUAUGGAUGCCCCCUUGCCGAUGGCCAUCUGCCACGGCAUCUAUGGUGGGAUCGCCCCCGAGAAGAGGCGGGUAAGCCCAGAAGACUUUGGGGUAGAGGACGAGAAGAGGUCUCUUCUGAAAGGGGGUUUUCAUUGGGGCAAUGGGUGGAGACGGGGUGCCGUUUAUGCCCCUCCGAGGCCGCUGAUGAACCACGGCGCCCACAGAUAUUUUUACCAGGUCGUGGCGUUGAGCGAGGCCUUGGAUAAGAAGAUGCUGGAGAAUCGAGCCGCCAAGGAGCAGUUCGCCGAAGCCAUUAAGGGAAAGGUGCUGGGUUGGGGGAUGUGGAUAGGAAGCUGUGAAAGGAAAUGGGUUUGA